ACGAUUCGUUGAACAGCGUUAAUCUAUUCUUGUAUAUAUAUGGGAGCGUUUGGAGUCCAUCGAUAUCAGUACAAUUUGUUCAUCCAAACAACCAACAGUCCAACAAAGAAUCAUGUACAAGCUUGCUGUCCUCGUAAUCGUCGCAUUCGUUGCUGCUGACGACCAUCACCAGGCCACCUCUUAUGUAAACAUAAACAGUCAUUUUAUACCUGUUGCCGGGGGCGACGGAGGAUCGCACGGACACGCCGGAAAGGAGGAACACCACCCUCACCAUUAUCCACUGUACAACUACAAGUAUGGAGUGGAGGAUCUGCACUCUGGAGAUGUGAAGUCUCAGCACGAAUCAAGGGAUGGGGAUGUUGUCAAGGGCGGAUACAUUGUCGUUCAACCGGACGGCGUCAUCAGGAGCGUCGAUUACACCGCAGACAAGCACAGCGGAUUCAACGCUCAGGUCUCCUACACCGGACACGCCGUCCAUCCGCAGACCGCAUACAAACACCAUGAGCACUUCAGCUUCAUUUCCAUACCUCGUACAGAAAUGCUCUCAAAAAUCUGCGUUUUGAUGGCCGUCGCGGCUCUGGUCCUCGGAGGAGAACAUCCCACAUCUUUCGUCUCAGUGCAUAACGUCGUCGGUGAAAAUACUUAUCACACCGUCGGACAUCACAAGGAACCACAACCAUUCCAUCAUCCUAAAUACGAGUUCAAGUAUGGCGUUAAGGAUGGACAUACUGGCGACAAGAAGAGCCAGCACGAGGAAAGAGACGGGGAUGUCGUAAAGGGUGAAUACAGCAUUGUGCAGCCCGAUGGAGUCGUACGACACGUCCAUUACACCGCUGAUAAACAUAGGGGAUUCAAUGCGCACGUCACCUAUUCAGGACACGCCAUCCAUCCAAUCCAUCACGACAAACAUUAAUUAUGCAAGAGCUACAAAAUAAC